GUUUUACGAAGUGGAGGCUGGCUUUUUUGGGUUACUUUAUCUGUGUGAUAAGUGGUGCAUGGGAGGCAUCUCUUGCGCUCUCCCUGGAGCCUUGUGAGGCCGCGCUGCAGGGGGUUAUUAUAAUUUAUUAACAAUUCAAUAAUGUACUUGAACAAUGUAGCUGAACUUGUCCUCCUGGUCUAAAUGCUACGUCGCUCCAUAAUGACAAAAUAAAGACCGAGUGAGGCAGAAAUGUGACAGCACUUGGCAGGAAGCUUCAGAGCAUUGGCAGCUCCAGGUCUGCUCCUUGCGGUGGCAUCAAGACGGGCGAGGAAACCCCGAGGAUCAGGGCCUCCUGUCCGGAUGACACCAGUCCGAACCAGGCGCACCGCUCUCCUUAGCUAGCAUUGGCUAAGCUAACAUAUGUCUUCCCUGAAUUCGGAACUACUUUAAAUGGAUAAUUUAAUUCGAACAACUUUACUUGAGGUGUGCGGCAGUGGGAGUUGUUGAUGAGUUUGUUGUCGGCAGGGGGGGCGAACGACAUCCUUUGUAGGACCGUGAUUGACCGUGAUGACUGCUAAAGCUUCUCCAGGCGUUAUGGAAGGACUUCAUAGCCAGGCAAUAAGCCUGGACCCGCGCAGGCAGGAACUGCUCGAGGCUCGCUUCACGGGAGUUGGUGUGGCUAAGAGUUCAGCCAACAGCGAAUCAUCCAACCAGUCUCUGUGCAGCACAGGAUCCCUGAGUGACAAGGAAGUGGAGACGCCUGAGAAGAAGGUCACUGACCAAAGAAGCCGGAAGAGAAAAGGAGACCUCUUUGACAGCAAUAGUCAGGGAAAAGGAAGAGGACACAAAAUAAGUGAUUAUUUUGAGUUUGCUGGUAGCUGUGGCUCUGGCACCAGUCCUGCCCGGGGCAUCCCCAUGUUGGUGCGCUCCUCUCCACAGCACUCACUGUAUAAUCUCCUGCAGUUUCAACACGGCAGUCCUUCGUCCACUGGCUCAGUCCUCACAGACUCUUCGUCCUGCAGCUCUGUUAAGACGGCCCCAACGCACUCCUGCUCACACAAAACCACCCAGUCGGAGCUGACGCUGCUGAAACUCACGGCACUGGAGAGGAACAAACACUCUGACCUGGAGCAGAAAGAGGGAAGGAUAGAUGAUCUACUGAGGGCUAACUGUGACUUGAGGCGGCAGGUGGACGAGCAACAGAAGAUGCUGGAGCGCUACAAGGAGCGACUUAACAAGUGUGUGACCAUGAGCAAGAAGCUGCUAGUUGAAAAGUCAAAGCAGGAGAAGAUGGCCUGCAGGGACAAAAGCAUGCAGGACCGCCUGCGUCUGGGUCACUUCACUACAGUACGCCACGGAGCCUCCUUCACCGAGCAGUGGACGGAUGGAUACGCUUUCCAGAACCUCAUCAAGCAGCAAGAAAGAGUCAACUCACAGCGUGAGGACAUCGAGAGGCAGAGGAAGCUGCUGGGGAAAAGGAAACCUCCACCCAUGGCCCAGACGCCUCCACUCAGCCUGGAACAGAGCAAGAGAAAGAGCAGGAACAACGGCCAGGAGAGUGAAGCGUUGUCACUGGCAGAAUAUCACGAGCAAGAGGAGAUUUUCAAACUACGAAUCGGUCAUCUAAAAAAGGAGGAGGCAGAGAUCCAGUCAGAGCUGGAGCAUUUGGAGCGAGUAAGAAACCUGCACAUUCGGGAGCUGAAGAGAAUCCACAAUGAGGACAAUUCUCAGUUUAAAGACCAUCCCACGCUGAAUGAUAGAUAUCUACUCUUACAUUUACUUGGAAGAGGUGGCUUUAGUGAAGUUUUCAAGGCUUUUGAUUUGACAGAGCAAAGAUAUGUGGCCAUUAAAAUCCAUCAACUCAACAAAAACUGGAGGGAGGAGAAGAAGGAAAACUACCACAAACAUGCCUGUAGAGAGUACAGAAUCCACAAAGAACUUGAUCACCCAAGAAUAGUCAAACUUUACGACUACUUCUCACUUGACAAAGACUCGUUCUGCACAGUGCUGGAGUACUGUGAAGGCAACGACCUGGACUUCUACUUGAAGCAGAAUAAGCUGAUGAGCGAGAAGGAAGGCCGCUCCAUUGUCAUGCAGAUAGUCAACGCUCUCAAGUACCUCAACCAGAUCCGGCCGCCCAUCAUCCACUACGACCUCAAGCCUGGAAACAUCCUGUUGGUUAAUGGCACAGCUUGUGGAGAGAUAAAAAUCACAGACUUUGGCCUGUCGAAGAUCAUGGACGAUGACAGCUACAACUCAGCAGAUGGGAUGGAGCUGACCUCGCAAGGAGCAGGAACCUACUGGUACCUGCCUCCUGAGUGCUUUGUGGUGGGCAAGGAGCCGCCCAAGAUAUCCAACAAGGUGGAUGUUUGGUCAGUGGGGGUCAUCUUCUACCAGAGCUUAUAUGGACGCAAGCCGUUUGGGCAUAACCAGUCACAGCAGGAUAUUCUUCAAGAGAACACCAUACUAAAAGCCACAGAGGUGCAGUUUCCCCCCAAACCUGUGGUCACCACAGAGGCAAAGGCUUUCAUUCGACGUUGCCUGGCUUAUCAUAAGGAGGAUCGUGUGGAUGUGCUGCAGCUCGCCAGCGACCCCUUCCUAAAGCCUCAUAUUCGAAAAACCCUGGGCAGCAGCACCACUCUGGCUCCUCCUGCUCCCUCCACCUCCAGCUGCUACAGCAGCAGUGCCUCCAACUGAUUCAAAUCAAACUGGAAUAAAGCCGCAGUGAGGGCAAAACCACACACAGACAGGAGACACUUGAUUGUGAGAAAGCGGAUGAGCAUGAUGGGGUGGAACGAUCCUGUUAGUGUAAAUGGAACCAAAAUGAUGGAUGACGUGGUUAUGUAGCAGCAAAUGUGGCCACCACCAUCAUCCAUGUGGUAAAAAUGAAUGGCCAGUCUCUGGCUGUGGGCUCAGUAGAACCCAAAGAUUUGCUCAUAUGCAUGCACUAACAAAAACUAUGGUUCAAUUCAAGGGGCUUAUAAUAAAAAAAGAUAACUAGUAAAAGCACCUAAAUUAUUGCACAACUGACGGGCUGAGGCAUUUUCCACGUGUGGAAGAUCAGUGUCCUAUAGUCUGGAGGGUUUAGAGGGUGAGUUAAUGAAAUUUCCUCCCAUUCUGCUUGACAUGCAUCAUCUUAACUAUUUCAAACUAUUUUUCGUAACUAGUUUGAAAUAUAAAUGCAUCCCUUUAGGUUUGAACCUGGCACUUUUUAGGAAGGGCUCCUACAAGUGAUGAGGAAUAACCAAAGUUUACAGCAUUGAUGUGGCAACAGUCGAGGUUCUUCAAUGAGUUAAUACAGAAGAGGGCUGAGUCUGAGAAGAGUAACUGGUUUUGACCUAUUUUAAAUAUUUUACUGGAUAACUGGAAGUCAGCGUAUUAUUUUAAUUGUUAAGUCCAUAUUUUUCCAUGAAAUUUACUCCCUCUAAUGUUUUUGUUAACCUGAAAGGGGGGCUGACUUAUGAGUGAGUGUUGUGAUGAGAGGUUAGAGUCAACAGAAAUAAUUAAGAAACUAUUAAAAAAAAGAUUUGGUUAA